CUCCCCAGUGCCCCCGUUGCAAAGACGAUCCUCCGCCGUAGCCCCGAGUUCACAGAAGGUGGAUUCAGCUGGGUCUUAAUUGACGCCGAACAUGGAUUGAUUAACGAUGGCCACUAUUACGAGCUCACCAAUGCAGUCGGCCACGAGGGCGCAAGCCCUAUUAUCCGUGUGCCCUGGCCCGAAGAGUGGAUGAUAAAGCGUGCUCUUGAUGCCGGUGCCCACGGGGUCAUGACUCCUAUGUGUCACUCUGCAGAGGACGCUGCCAAGGUCGUCAGCUACUGCAAGUACCCACCUGUCGGAGUCCGUGGAUACGGGCCCAUGUUCACGCCGCAUUCAUUCCCUGGUGUCAAGCCCGCCGAGUACGAUGAGAAGACUCAUGAUGAGGUGCUGGUUGUUGUGCAGAUUGAGUCGCGGCCCGGUGUUGAGAAUGUAGAGGAGAUUGCUAAGGUUGAUGGACUUGACGUUUUGUUUAUUGGUGAGAUUGGAUAUUCCUGUCUUGGAUUCGUGGAACGGGCUAAUGUCUUUAUUGCAGGACCCUUCGAUCUUGCAAAGCAGAUGCGUGUUACACGCGGUGGUGAGGAGCACGAGGCUGCUAUCCAACGCGUUCUAAAUGCUGCUAGAUCUGCAGGAAAGAAGGCCGCUAUCUUCUGUUCCAAUGGUGAUGACGCUCUUCGCCGCACACAGCAGGGCUUCGAUAUGGUCUCUAUCACCACGGACGUUGCUGUGUUCGGUGACGGUAUGCUCAACGAAUUAGAGAAGGCCAAGGGCAGCUCUAAGGUCCAAGGAAAGCGGGACGGUUAUUAA